AUGACCCUCUCCGGCAGCGGCAGCGCCAGCGACAUGUCCGGCCAGACGGUUUUGACGGCCGAGGAUGUGGACAUCGAUGUGGUGGGCGAGGGCGACGACGGGCUGGAGGAGAAGGACAGCGACCCGGGUUGCGAAAGCCCCGCGGUGCCGCCCGAGCUGCGACUGGACGAGGCGGACGAGGUGCCGCCGGCGGCACCCCACCAUGGUCAACUUCAGCCGCCACACCAGCAGCCCCUGGCACUGCCCAAGGAGACGGCCGGGGCCGGGCCAGGUGGCGAGGCGGGGGCACCCGAGGCGGAGGGCUGCAAGGGCGGCGGUGGCGGCGAGGAGGGCGGCGGCGGAGCAAGCGGCGGCGCUCCGAGCACGGGCAGCGGGGUGGCGGGCGGCCUGACCCCUAGCAAGCCCAAGAACAGCCUGGUGAAGCCGCCCUAUUCGUACAUAGCGCUCAUCACCAUGGCCAUCCUGCAGAGCCCGCAGAAGAAGCUGACCCUGAGCGGCAUCUGCGAGUUCAUCAGCAACCGCUUCCCCUACUACCGAGAGAAGUUCCCCGCCUGGCAGAACAGCAUCCGCCACAACCUCUCGCUCAACGACUGUUUUGUCAAGAUCCCCCGCGAGCCGGGCAACCCGGGCAAAGGCAACUAUUGGACCCUGGACCCGCAGUCCGAGGACAUGUUCGACAACGGCAGCUUCCUGCGGCGCCGGAAACGCUUCAAGCGCCACCAGCAGGAGCACCUGCGCGAGCAGACGGCGCUCAUGAUGCAGAGCUUCGGCGCCUACAGCCUGGCGGCGGCGGCCGGCGCCGCGGGACCCUAUGGUCGCCCCUACGGCCUGCACCCAGCGGCGGCGGCCGGCGCCUACUCGCACCCCGCGGCUGCAGCGGCGGCGGCUGCGGCCGCAGCGCUCCAGUACCCGUACGCGUUGCCGCCGGUGGCCCCCGUACUGCCCCCCGCGGUGCCGCUGUUGCCCUCUGGAGAGCUGGGCCGCAAGGCCUUCGGUUCUCAGCUCGGCCCGGGCUUGCAGUUGCAGCUCAACAGCCUGGGUGCUGCCGCGGCUGCCGCGGGCACGGCGGGAGCCGCGGGCGCCACCGCCUCGCUCAUCAAGUCCGAGCCGAGCGCGCGGCCGUCGUUUAGCAUCGAGAAUAUCAUCGGUGGGGGCCCCGCGGCACCGGGAGGCUCGGCGGCCGGCGCAGGGGGCGCUGGGGGGUCGGGGGGCACCGGGGGUGGUGGUACAGCGCAGUCCUUCCUGCGGCAGCCUGGGACCGUGCAGUCCGCGGCGCUCAUGGCCACGCACCAGCCUCUGUCGCUGAGCCGGACCACGGCCACCAUCGCGCCCAUCCUGAGCGUGCCGCUCUCCGGACAGUUUCUGCAGCCCGCAGCCUCCGCCGCUGCCGCUGCCGCCGCCGCCGCGCAAGCCAAGUGGCCGGCGCAAUAG